CCAUGGCUGCUGUGUUGUUAUUGGGCAGCACAAUCGUUCACAGCAUCCAACUCUCGGGACAGCUCAGUCCCUGUCAUGUCCACCGUCCUGCUGCGUCUAUUUCUGACCGUCCACUGCGCGUCUGACCCGGGGCAUCUCCUGCUGAAAGCUUCCCGCUGAGCCAGGCGGACCGAGGCGGACCGAGGCUGACCUCACUCAGUGAAAAGAAGUAGGAAGUGGGUGAAACUGUCCCGCGGAGGGUUCACCGAGACUGAUCACAGGCUCUUCUCGAACCAACCAUGUCGAGCGAACGCACCCCUCUGAUCACCUCAGGGGUCUGCGGUCUGGCUGUGAGCGCAGUGGCAUGCGGUGUGGAGUUGGACGCCAACAGUGAAUCCGGCUCAGGGACACCGAGCAAAGACCCUCGAAAACUGAACACGUUUUUCGGGGUGAUGGUGCCGACCAUCCUCUCUAUGUUCAGCAUCGUGCUGUUCCUGAGAACUGGGUUUGUGGUUGGUCACGCGGGGCUGUUACAGGGUCUUUUGAUGGUGAUGGUAGCCUACACCAUUAUAUCUCUCACAAUACUGUCCAUCUGUGCCAUUUCCACCAAUGGGGCUAUACAAGGGGGUGGAGCCUAUUACAUGAUAAGUAGGUCUCUGGGCCCGGAGUUUGGAGGAAGCAUUGGUUUGAUGUUCUUCCUGGCCAAAGUGUUCGCAUGUGGAGAGUAUGUUCUUGGUCUUGUGGAGGCAUUACUUGAUGUAUUCGGUUCAGAUCCUGAGUCGACUGUGUCCGAGGGGGUGCGUGUGCUUCCUCAGGGCUACUGGUACACGGUGCUGUACUCCUCAGUUGUCCUUCUGAUCUGUCUGCUCGUGUGUCUGGUGGGCGCCCACAUCUACUCCCGCACCGCCUUCGUCAUCCUGCUGGUGAUCACUGUAUCCUUGCUGUCCAUCUUCAUCAGCUCUGUGGCGGUCAAACCUCGUGAUUUUGUCAUCGUCCACAAGGGGACUGGCAACCAGACCCUCCGCUACAACGCCAGCUACACGGGCUACAACGUCACCACUCUGAGGAACAACCUGGGCUCUGGUUACUCUUUGGACUACAGCACCAACUCUGUCAUGUCUUUUGCCACCGUGUUUGCUGUCAUGUUCACCAGCUGCACCGGGAUUAUGGCCGGAGCCAACAUGUCAGGGGAGCUGAAGACUCCGAGUGUUUCCAUCCCUAAAGGCACCAUCGUGGCCGUCUUUUGCACUUUCACAGUCUACGUCCUCCUCUUCAUCCUGGUCAGCGCAACAUGUGACAGGACCCUGUUGAUUCAGGAUUAUGGGUUCCUCCAGAGAAUAAACAUCUGGCCGCCGUUCGUCACCGUCGGGAUUUUCUGCGCUUCUCUUUCGGCUGCCAUGUGCUCCAUGAUCGGAGCGUCCCGCAUCCUCCAUGCUCUUGCUCUGGAUCAACUCUUUGGUUUGCCAUUAGCCCCAGCUACAAUCACAUCAAGCUCUGGGAAUCCGUGGAUGGCAGUGGUGUACACCUGGGGUUUGGCGCAGUGUGUGGUGUUUGCAGGCCAGCUCAAUGCCGUGGCAGCUUUGGUGACUGUUUUCUACUUGCUGGCCUUCGCUGCGGUUGACCUGGCCUGUUUGGCUCUUGAGUGGGCAUCUGCACCAAAUUUCAGACCGACCUUCCAGCUCUUCUCCUGGCACACCUGCCUGCUGGGCAUCGUGAGCUGUCUGGUGAUGAUGUUCGUCAUUAACCCUGUGUACUCCUCCGGCAGUAUUGUCCUCCUGUUAGUGCUGCUGCUUUUCCUCCACUACAGAUCGCCCACCAGCAGCUGGGGCUACAUCAGCCAGGCUCUCAUUUUCCAUCAGGUGCGUAAGUAUCUGUUGAUGCUGGAUGUGAGGAAAGACCAUGUGAAGUUCUGGAGGCCGCAGAUGUUGUUGAUGGUGGCCAACCCUCGCUCCUCCUGUCAGCUCAUCCUGUUCGUCAACCAGCUGAAGAAGGGAGGGCUCUACGUGUUGGGCCACGUGCAGCUGGGAGAUCUGGACUCUCUGCCUUCAGAUCCGGUUCAGCAGCAGUACAACUUCUGGUUGAGCCUGGUAGAUAAACUCGGGGUGAAGGCCUUUGUGGACCUGACGCUGUCUCCCUCCGUCAGACAGGGAACACAGCAUCUGCUGCGCAUCACAGGCCUAGGUGGCAUGAAGCCCAACACACUGAUUUUGGGUUUCUACGACAGCUGCACUCCUGAGGACUUCUUCCUUCAAGAUUCUGCGUUCUGUGACUCUUCGAUAGGAAAAGAAAGUGAGGGCGAAUAUAACUUUGGGGUCGAUUUGCCUUCACUACAGGCCCAUUUCCCACCAGUCCGACAUGUCGAGAGCCCACGCUGGCUCUCACCGGAGGAGUACGUGGGGACCAUUUCUGACGCCAUUAAAAUGAACAAGAACGUGUGCCUGGCCCGCUAUUUCUUCCAGUUAGAGGGAGAGGGCAAAGACAGCAAGGUGGACGGGUCAGAGCGGACGAUAGAUGUGUGGCCCCUCAACCUGCUCCAGCCAGGCAGCCGGGAUUACGAGGAUGUGUGCAGCCUGUUCCUGCUGCAGAUGGCCUGCGUGCUCAACAUGUCCAACAAAUGGCGCCACGCAAGAAUGAGAAUCUUCCUGAACGUGGAGACGGAGUCCAGCGACCAGGGCUGGGUGGUGAACGAGGAGACAUUCCGAGAGCUGCUGAGGAAGCUGAGGAUCAGGGCGUCGAUAAAGAUCGUGCCUUGGGACUCUGUGGUGCAGCACCACGUUCAGCCAAACAGGGAACCCCCCGCGGAGCCGACGCAAGCUCUGUCCGAGGAGUUCUUGUCCGCAGUGAACUGUAUGUUGAUGGAGCACAGCUCUCAAGCCGCUGUUCGCUUCCUGUAUUUACCUCGACCCUCCGCUCAGCGUAGCCAGUCACAACAGUAUUUGGCUCAGCUGGAAGCAGUGACCAACAGUUUGGGGCCAACGCUCCUGAUUCACGGGGUCACCCCGGUCACAUACACCGAUCUGUGAGCAUGUGCGGCCGUUUUGUUCACUGGUGUUGUAUAAGCAGCAAAGUCUUAUCUGCGUGAGUUUAAACUCUGGUUACAUGUAAAAUUAACACAUAAAGUAAAGAAAAGUGGAUGCUUAGUUACAGUAUGUAGCACCAGUUACAACAACCUUACUUAAUAAAGCUUUUUUGUUGUUUUACUCAAGCUAUAAGAAGGACCACAGCCACAGAUCACGGAGUGCAUUUUUGAAAUAUGCCACUAGAGGUUUUUGCAUUUGAAUAGGUUGUUUUCCUAUUUACAUAUACUUGAACUGGCUUGGUGAUUGAGCCAAAAAAAUGUGGGAAUACUAACUUUUGUGGGCGAUAUAUAUGUUGAUGUAACAUCUUGUUUGGAUCAGCUUUAAAUCCGUCUUUUCACAUGAGACAGAAGUAAGAAAUGUGUCU